AAAAGCUGGCCGCUUAGCCGGGACCCGGGCGUGUGCGCAGGCGCGAGGUUGGCUGCUUGCGCAAAGCAGGAGGGAGGGGGCGGCGGCGACAGACCUCUAGGGGUGAGAAGACUGCGAGCGAAACCCGGGCGCGAGGCAUCCCCGGAUCCCAGCGCCGCUUCCGCGUGCCCAGAGGCAGCCUGUGCGCUGCCCCCGCCCCGGGCUCGCGCCCGGCCGCGCCCUUCACCUCCCCUACCUCGGCUGGCGGUGCGGAGCGGCCCCGGAGCGGCCUGAGGGGCGGCGCCUUCUGUGGCCGUCCCGGCCGUGGUGGGGGGGAUGUGAGGGGCGGCCCGCAGCCAUGGAGACGGGCCCGGCGCCGCUUGUGGCUCCGCCGCGCCGUCAUGGCGCCCCCCAGGCCCCCUCGCCGCCGCCCCGCGGCUCCCGGACCGGGCCCAUCGUCGUGGUGGCCCCGGGGCCUCCAGUGACCACAGCCACUUCAGCCCCGGUCACCCUAGUGGCCCCCGGGGAGGCACGGCCUGCGUGGGUACCAGGGCCGACCCAGACCUCGGCCCUGGUUUCGGCCCCUACGGUCACGGGCAGCACAGUGGUGGUGCUAACCCUGGAGGCCUCACCCGAAGCGCACAUCUCCCCCGGCCCGGAACCCCUGGAGCCCACGACAGUAAUAAGAGAGGAGACGUCGAUGGCUCUGGCCCUAGGGGCAGACUCUCUUAAGACGGAGGAGACUAGAACCUCACCCGCUUCUGGACCAGGUACCUCCACCAGGACCCCUUCCAGAAUGGCUCCUGGAGCCCUGACCGCCAAACCCCCGCUUGCCCCUAAGCCGGGAACCACAGUGGCCUCAGGAAUGACUGCAGCAAUUGCAGCAGUGACAGCAGGAGAGGUGACAAGUGGACAUGGAGCUGCAGUAGCAACAUCAGCAUCAACAAGACAGGUUCCAGAGGGCCCCUCAGGGUCUGGCACAGGCCCUUCAGGAACUAGUGAGGCUCUGGUAGCUGUUGUGACGGUGACCCCUGCUCCUGAGCCUACUGAAAACUCUCAGGACUUAGGCUCCACGUCCAGCCUGGGACCUGGCAUUUCUGGGCCUCGAGGGCAGGCCCCGGACACUCUGAGCUACUUGGACUCCGUAAGCCUCAUGUCUGGGACCUUGGAGUCCUUGGCGGAUGAUGUGAGCUCCAUGGGCUCAGACUCGGAGAUAAAUGGGCUGGCCUUGCGGAAGACAGACAAGUAUGGCUUCCUUGGGGGCAGCCAGUACUCGGGCAGCCUAGAGAGCUCUAUUCCAGUGGAUGUGGCUCGGCAGCGGGAGCUCAAAUGGCUGGAGAUGUUCAGUAACUGGGAUAAGUGGCUGUCUCGGCGUUUCCAGAAGGUGAAGCUGCGCUGCCGGAAGGGAAUCCCCUCCUCCCUCAGAGCCAAGGCCUGGCAGUAUCUGUCCAAUAGCAAGGAACUCCUGGAGCAGAACCCCGGCAAGUUUGAGGAGCUGGAACGGGCUCCUGGGGACCCCAAGUGGCUGGAUGUGAUUGAGAAGGACCUGCACCGCCAGUUCCCUUUCCAUGAGAUGUUUGCUGCUCGAGGGGGGCAUGGGCAACAGGACCUGUAUCGAAUCCUUAAGGCCUACACUAUCUACCGGCCUGACGAGGGCUACUGCCAGGCCCAGGCCCCAGUGGCUGCAGUGCUGCUCAUGCACAUGCCUGCUGAGCAAGCCUUUUGGUGCCUGGUGCAGAUCUGCGACAAGUACCUCCCUGGUUACUACAGUGCAGGGCUGGAGGCCAUUCAGCUGGAUGGAGAAAUCUUUUUUGCACUGUUGCGCCGGGCCUCCCCACUGGCACACCGGCACCUGCGGCGGCAGCGCAUUGACCCUGUGCUCUACAUGACGGAAUGGUUUAUGUGCAUCUUUGCCCGCACCCUGCCCUGGGCUUCUGUGCUGCGUGUCUGGGAUAUGUUCUUCUGUGAAGGCGUAAAGAUCAUUUUCCGGGUGGCCCUGGUGUUGCUGCGGCACACACUGGGCUCAGUGGAGAAGCUGCGCUCCUGCCAGGGCAUGUAUGAAACCAUGGAGCAGCUGCGCAACCUGCCCCAACAGUGCAUGCAGGAGGACUUCCUGGUGCAUGAGGUGACUAACCUCCCAGUGACAGAAGCACUGAUUGAGCGAGAAAACACAGCCCAGCUCAAGAAGUGGCGGGAAACCCGGGGGGAGCUACAGUAUCGGCCUUCACGGAGACUACACGGCUCCCGGGCCAUCCAUGAGGAGCGCCGGCGGCAGCAGCCACCUCUUGGCCCCUCCUCUAGCCUCCUCAGCCUCAGUAACCUUAAGAGCCGAGGCUCCCUGGCUGCUGGAGGGGCCCCAUCUCCACCCCCACCUUCCCACAAGGCCAGUGCUGGGCCUGUCCCAGGGCCUGUGGUCACUGCUGAGGGACUGCAUCCAUCCCUUCCUUCGCCUACUGGUAACAGCACCCCACUGGGUCCCGGCAAGGAGACCCGGAGGCAGGAGAAGGAACGGCAGAAGCAGGAGAAGGAACGUGAGAAGGAGCGACAAAAACAGGAGAAAGAGAGGGAGAAGCGGGAGAAGGAGCGGCAGAAAUGGGAAAAAGAGCAGGAGAAGGAACGGCAGAAGCAGGAGAAGGAGCAGCAGAAGCAAGAGAAGAAGGCCCAAGGCAGGAAGCUUUCACUGCGUCGAAAGGCAGAUGGGCCCCCACCUCCCCAGGAUGGUGGGGAUAGGUCCUCAGUCUCUGAGGCCCGGCAGGAUGCUUAUUUCUGACUUCUGCCCUGGGGCUGGACUUCAUGGCCCCCCUCUUUUUCUCUCAGCCAAGAGCAGGCCCUUCAGCAGACUGUCCCUCUUUCUGAGGAAAAUGGCUUGAUUCCCAUCUCCCUGCCAGCUGCAAUCCUUACACAGCCAGGACAGUCAGAGUGCAUGGGGCAGCUGCAUUUCCCUGAGACAGACAGCUGUUGAACAAGUCUGGAGUUAGGCCCAGCUGGGGUCUGUCACUCCUGCCCCAGUUCCCUUUGAAGUCCCUUCCCAGGUGCUGUCCUGAUUGGCCUUUUGUCACCACAAGGUGACUCCUGGCAAUGGGAGUUAGCAGUUUUCAGAUUCUUACACUCUGGUUGCUCCCAUUACCCAUGAAGUGGAACUGGUGUUUUGUUUUGUUCUUUUUUUUUUUUUAUUCAGUACUGCCUGCCUCCCCGUUUCUGGCUGGGGACCAGGGCCCUCCUUGCUUGACUUCUGGACAUCUCUGUUGUAAUUAUGUACAAAGGACCUGGUUGGCCCAGAGUAGGGCUGUUCUCUCUAUCUUGUCCUUUGGGUCUCCUUCCACAAUGUUCUUGCACUCUUAGUUUAUUUAAGGGGACAUGCACUGGAACAGGAAAUGUCCCCCAUUUCCUCGCUCACCACCCUCCUGCUCUCAUACACCCACUUUCCUCUAUUCUGAGGCUUCCCCUACUUUGCCUCAUCAGGACUUCCACCUUUCACCUUGAUCCCUUCUAAGACUCCGGCUCCUAUCUGGGAAAGGGGUCUUUUUUGAGUUCCAGGGGGUGGAACCCAAUGUUUACAUUCUCUUCUGUAUCUGCCCCCAUGCCAUGCAGCGCUUUUGAGAAACCAGAAAAGAACCUGCUAUUGUACCUGG